GUCGAAGUAAAGCGAAUAAUCGAGCUAGGGUUCCGUUGUUCCAUGUAGAUACUUCUGUUUUCUCUUGCUCGUUUUUGUGUACCUUUGAUGUUUUGAACUGUUGAUGUUAAAAAGGUAUCUUUCAAGUUUGGUGAUCUCGUUUGAUACAUAUUAGGAACGCUGCAAAACGAUUCAUUUUUCGUGGAAAUAUUUGGUUUCUCUUCGGUUUGACAUUGCUUUGAAGAUUUAUAGCAUUUCUGCAAUACAUUUUUAAUCUGUAGAUCAGAAGUGGAAGCUGUAACCAUAUUGUUGUUGUUGUUGUAUUAUGGGUGUCAGAUUCUAUUAUUUAGCAAGUGAAGAAUCUAAAAUACAGAGAGGAAGGAGAUAAAUCAGCGGAUUUAGUUGGUGGGUUUUUUUACGCUUUGAAGAAUUUUUCCAUUCCUAUCUGGGUUGGGGAAUCAAUGGAACGAGGUUUGGAUUCAGACUCUGUACCUUCACCAGGUUCUUUUGAUAAAUCAAAAGUCUUGGAUGUGAAGCCUUUGCGUUGUUUGUCUCCGGUGUUCCCUCCACAAGGGUUCACAUCAUUUUACCCUCCUCAAGGUCCUCCCUUUGUCUAUGCGCCCCCAUUUGGCCCAUAUCCUUCAGGCUUUACUGCAUUUUAUCCAUUCUGUGUACCUCCAGAACAUCAAAGGCCACCUGAGCAACACCCUCAGACCACUAGUGGAGCUACCAAUCAAGCAGGUCCUUUUGUUUACCCCAACCCUGUGCAAACCCCAUCUGCAACGAUGCCUUCAUAUAGAACACCGCGUCCUGCAAUGCCGUUUGUCUUUUCAGAUUCUGCCAAUGGUGAUGCAGGGCCAUCGAGGAAGAGCUCCAAAUUCCAUGAUUUGCAAGAAGAAAGUGCAACCAAGGGUGAUUCUGUGCGAUCAGUGACAGAAGAUGGAUGCAGUGACAACCUAAAGCAACCUGCACUGCAGUUUUCUCAUCCUAAUGUUCAUAAUACCGAUGCUGAAGCCACUAGUAGUGGGGUGAGACAGAAGAGUAAGUCAUCCUACAAAAGAUUAAGGAACAGCCAGGAGGUUAGGUUAUCUUUGGCAGCUAGUGUUGAUACUGAAUCAGUUGAGACUAUUGUUAUGAAAUUUGAUGCGAUCAGGCGUAGAAUUUGCCAAGUUGAAGAUGCAAAAGAUCCAGCCUCUGGAGGGACAAGACGAGCUGAUUUAAGAGCUGGUGCAAUUUUGAUGAACAAUGGUCUUAGAACGAACGUGAAGAAGAGAAUAGGAGCUGUUUCUGGAGUUGAAAUCGGAGAUAUUUUCUUUUUCAGGAUGGAGAUGUGCUUGGUAGGAUUGCAUGGUCAGAGUAUGGCUGGAAUCGACUAUACUAGUCUCAAGUUUAACGAGGAAGAAGAGCAUGUGGCUGUAAGCAUUGUAUCUUCUGGAGGUUAUGAGGGUGAUGUGGAUGAUGGGGAUGUUUUGAUUUACAGUGGUCAGGGUGGAAAUACAAAUAAGAAAAGUAAAGAAGUGGUUGAUCAGAAGCUUGAAAGGGGUAAUCUUGCUCUAGAGAAAAGCUUGCGUCGGGGUAAUGAGGUAAGAGUCAUUCGUGGCAUGAAGGAUGUAGGUAAUUCAACAGGGAAGGUCUACAUCUAUGAUGGUCUGUAUAAAAUUAAAGAGUCGUGGACGGAAAAAGGUAAGUCAGGUGGCAAUGUUUUCAAGUACAAAUUGAUAAGAGAACCCGGACAGGCUGCUGGAUUUGCCAUUUGGAAAUCAAUCCAAGUAUGGAAGGAAGGUUUCACUGCUAGGCGGGGGCUUAUUCUGCCAGACUUAACAUCAGGCGUUGAAAAUUUACCUGUUUCUCUUGUAAAUGAUGUUGAUGAUGAGAAAGGACCUGCUUAUUUCUCAUAUUUCCCUGGUCUCAAGAAUGCAAAACCAGUCAACUCGCAUGAAUAUUCGUUUGGUUGCAAGUGCAAAGGUGUAUGCUCAUCAGGUAAUCGUGAUUGUUCUUGCAUUAAAAAAAAUGGCGGUGACAUACCAUAUAUUGCCACUAGGGUUCUCGUCAGUUGGAAGCCUGUGAUUCAUGAAUGUGGUCCUUCAUGCCAAUGCCAGCCUCACUGUUUGAACCGAGCAUCCCAAAAUGGUUUGAAAGUGCGGCUGGAAGUGUUUAGAACCAAAGACAGAGGUUGGGGUCUGCGGUCCUGGGAUCCAAUCCGUGCAGGCGGUUUUAUUUGUGAAUAUGCUGGUGAAGUCAUAGAAAAGAUUAAGAUAGAGGAGGAGAAUGAUGAACUCGAAGAUAAUGAUUACACUUUUGAUGCUACCUGCAAUUAUGAACAGCCUGCCGAUUUUAAUUACAUACCGGAGUUACUAGGUGAAGAAAAAGAAGUUAAUAUGAACAAGGAAUACAAAGCGCCUUUGCCCAUCAUCAUAAAUGCAAAGAAUGUUGGGAAUGUAGCUCGCUUUAUGAACCAUGGUUGCUCCCCAAAUGUUUUUUGGCUGCCAGUCCUACAUGAACACAACGAUGGAUCAUAUCUGCAUAUUGCAUUUUAUGCAAUCAAACACAUUCCUCCCAUGACAGAGUUGUUAUAUGAUUAUGGGACAAGUGGAACCCAGCACAGGACAAAAAAGUGCUUAUGUGGAUCUUCAAAAUGCCGAGGCUGCUUUGGCUAGUGGUUUACAAAUAAAAGAACAAGAA